ACGCGCUCGGGCAUGGAUUUCGCCGAGUCCUUCCUCGCCAACCUGUAUGACGAGGAAGAGAAGCAUGUCGAUCUCGAUGACCACCCACCGCCUGGAGCCUCCAAGAAGCGGAAGCUGACGUCGCCGCGCGAGGCCAACCCGCGGCUCCACCUCGCCUUUGCGGCCGCACCGCUGCUGUCGCCCAUCGUGCACCGCUCGGCCAUGGCACCGCCCAAGGCUAUGCCAGACGAGGCUGCGCCGCUGUGCCUGGGCAAGCAGGAAGAAAACCGAGACCCUGCCAACUCGUCGCUCGAGACGUCCGUUAGCAGCGUCGGGUCUCUGGACAAUAAUCUGUUGGCAGACUUGCUGCCGACAGGUGCAAGCCCGGCGCUAUCGAGUGCGAGCCCGGCACUUGUGGCUGGCAAAGACGCCGCUCCGAAUGAGACCCUGGACGCGUUCGAGCUGCCGCCACCGAUUCUCGCCAUACCGCCGAGCAUCAAACCCGUUGUAGAGCCGUCGGUGGUGCCGCCGCCUCUUCUUGUCGUCGUGAGCGAAGCGCCACCUGCGAUUGAAGCCGCUGCCACCACGGCCGACGCUCCUGCCGCUGAGGUAUCUUCCGCCCUAGCGCCAGCGCCUGCCAGCGCUCUGCCAUCCACCGAGAGCAGCCGCAAGGUGUCAGAGGACGAAAGCGUGGCGAGCGUCGAGGCUCCUUCGUCGGUCGAAGACGACGACGACGCCGACGCGAUUGCAGCCGAAGUUGAGGCCGAAUUUGAAGCCGACGAGAUUGCCGCCGAGGUCGAAGCCGAGUUUGCCCAAUCCGACAAAGUUGAGGCGAUGACGCUCUCGGACGACGACGUCAACCAAAUCAAGCUCGUGCUGAAAACUUCGAUCGCCAAGCAGCACGCGAGCAGCGGGUCGUCGCUCAUCGGCCUCGAGACUCACGUGGCGCAGGUCGAGAGCCUCCUCGAGCGUACGAUCGUGCACGGCGAGAACCAGUCCGCGCUCCUUGUCGGGUCUGUCGGCAACGGCAAGCGCAGCAUCCUCCAGAAAGCUGUGCACCAGCUGCAAACCGCAUAUGCAACAGCGCACCCGUUCCACCUGGUGCACCUCAGCGGCAGUCUCUUCAGCAACGAGGUCGAGGCUUUUCGCGAGAUUGUGCAGCAGCUCUCGCCGGACGGCGCGAUCGGCCAGCGCAGCGUCGCCUUCUUCAACAUGUACGACUUUAUGAAGCAGCUGCUGCUCGAGAAGGCGCUAUUGAAAGAAGCUGUCGUCUUUGUCCUCGACGACUUUGACGCGUUUGUGAGCGAAAGCAAAGCCAAGCAGCUGCUCCUGUACAACCUCCUCGACUGGAUGCAGACCAAAGACGUGCGCAUUGGUCUCCUCGGAGUCUCGAGCAAUUUCAACAUUAUCUCGCAGCUCGAGAAGCGCGUCAAGUCCCGCUUCUCCAACUUUCAAAUCGUCGUGCUCCGGCAGCCCAUGAAGAGCAUCUUGCAGCUGCUCUGGAUGACGCUGCAGCUGCGCGCACACGAGUGGCCGCUCACGAACCCGCCGCCCGCCGCGUACUUUACCGCCUACGAAGAAGCACUGCACUUUGCGCUCUUUGACGCGGCGUCGUCGCUCUUGCCAGAGCUGCAGUACUGGUACGACCUCGGCAAACCGACGCACGUGUUUCUGCGCGUCGCCCACGUGGCCGUGAACACGCUCACGCCGACGUCGCCGCUCUUGGGACAGAGCCAUUUUGAGACGGCGAUGGCGCAACUCGCGCCGCCCCACCAGCUCCAGACGCUCCAAGGCAUUACGACGCGGGAGCUGACGCUGUUGCUGGCCAUGAUCGCGUUGGAGCGCGUCGGGCGCAGCUCGUACUCGUUUGAAAUGGUGUUUCAAGAGUGCAACCUCUUUUACCGCAAGCACUCGCUCAAGUCGCCGGGGCGCCUCGACGCGCUCAAAGCGCUCGACAACCUCCACUCGCUCCAGCUCAUUCACCACAUGUCGGGCUCGACGACGGCCGCGCAGCAGGUGCAGCCCGAGUUCCGCCUCCUCCAGCUCACGCUGCGCGCGUCGGUGAUUCUGGACGCGAUCAAACACAAGCGAAUUGCGUGCACGACGCUCAUCGAGCAGUGGGCGCUCAACGGCUUAUAAAUAUAUAACAACGCUAGAGAACGCAGAGCGUUGUUCGACAGCUCUGGAGAAACGACACGACGUUGUCGUGGCCUCGGUGCAGCGCCAUCGUCGUCAUCGUGCUCUCGUCGAACCGCAGGGUCUUGGUGCGCAA